AUGAAUAGCGGAAAGAAGAGGGGCCGGAGGCGCUCCAGUAGCAUCUUGUAUCAAGAACCACAGGAAUCGAUAGAGCACAUAAGUGAUCAGCUGGCAGCCCCAAACCUCAACGCAGGCUGGGUCAACGCAAAAGGAGCAUGGUUUAUUCAUGUUGUUCUUAUCAUUACCCUCAAGAUACUGUUCGACAUCAUGCCGGGCAUGUCACAAGAGACCUCUUGGACUCUGACCAACAUCUGUUACAUGUUUGGCUCCUAUCUCAUGUUCCACUACGUUCGGGGCGUUCCCUUCGACUUCAACGCGGGGGCUUAUGACAAUCUGAACAUGUGGGAACAGAUCGACAAUGGAGAUCAGUACACCCCAGCCAAGAAGUUCUUGCUGAGUGUACCGAUCUUGCUGUUCCUAUUGAGUACACAUUAUACGCAUUAUGACCUGACGUACUUCAUCGUCAAUUUUCUGGCUGUCCUGGGGGUAGUGAUUCCCAAGCUGCCCUUUAGCCACCGAUUGAGAGUCAGUCUAUUCUCAGACCCGCCUGAUGAUGAUUAA